AUGGUCAACAUUGAGGUCACUGUUAUUUCCAGAUACACCAUUAAACCAUCAACUGCUUCCUCUUCGCCUCACCUUCUACAACCUUACAAGCUUUCCAUCUUCGAUCAGCUCACUCCCAACACUUAUGUCCCAACGAUUUUCUUCUACCGCAUUACUGUCCCCAGCUUCAAUCUCCCUCAAACCCUAAUCCAAUUAAGAAACUCCCUCUCUGAGACCCUCACUCUGUACUACCCAUUGUCCGGAAGGAUCAAAAACAACCUCUACGUACAUGACUUUGAUGCGGGUGUUCCCUACCUUGAAGCUCAAGUCAAUUGUCCCAUGCUCGAGUUUCUUAAGCUUCGAGAAACCGAAUGGCUAAACCACUUCGUACCAGUCCAUCCAUUUCUCAAGGAAAUGGAUUCUGAGCUACUGCCCCUCAUCGCAUGUCAAGCCAACAUCUUCGAUGGUGGAAUAGCAAUGGGCAUUUCCCUUUCUCACAAGCUCGCUGAUGGGGUAACAGCCAAUGCUUUUCUCAAGACUUGGGCUGCUAUUUUUCGUGGUUGUCGCCAAGAAAUCAUAUACCCUAAUCUCUUCCAAGCCUCAUUGGUUUUUCCACCACGAGAUAACUUGCCUAAAAGGUAUGUAGCUCUCAUGGAGAGGUUGUGGUUCGAGCAGAAAAAGGAUUACGUUACAAGGAGAUUUCUGUUUGAUGCUAAAGCCAUAUCCGCACUUCAAGCCAAAGCAAAGAGCGAGCCCGUGCCAAAACCAUCACGUAUUGAGGCACUUACAUGUUUUCUCUGGAAACAUCAAAUGGCUGCCUCUCGGGCAUCGUCAUCAGGUACUUCUCCAAAACUCUCCAUAGUAGCGCAUGCAGUAAAUUUGAGGCCACGAAUGAACCCGCAAAUGUUGUUGGAUAAUACCAUUGGGAAUAUCAUUUUGUGGGCUCCGGUGUUAUUAGAUAUCUUGGAAGAGACAGCACCACAGAGUGGUGAUCAUGAAUUAUGUGACUUGGUGAACAUGCUUCAUGAAUCCCUCAACGAAUUUAACAAUGAGUACUUGGAGACUCUGAAGGGUAAAGAAGGAUUUGGAGCCAUAUGUGACUUACUAGAUUUGAUGGAGGAAGGGACUUCUAUAAAACCACCGCCCGAGAUUUACGCAUUCACGAGCUGGACUAGAAUUCUUAACAAACUAGAUUUUGGAUGGGGAAAGCCAUUUCAGAUUGGAGUCAUCGGAAAAGUUGGACCUGUAUUUAGAAAUCUAACGAUAUUUGUACAAUGCGAUCAAGAAAUUGAAGCAUGGGUGACUUUGGAGGAAAAACAAAUGGCUAUGCUAGAAAAAGAUUCUCAAUUUCUAGCGUUUGCAUCUCCAAAUCCCUAA